AGACACAUCUGCGGCAUUAGCGUGGUACUGCAGGAAGUCCCGGUUCUGUUCAUCGGUGAUGGAAAACACCCGCUGCUUUGCCAACCGCUUCACCGACUACAAAGGUGCGCUGCUCCCGGACCAGGGCGCCCAGGCCAUCGUGCCCGUCAUCGUCGCCACCGUCGACCAAGUCCUGAAAAAGGUUCCCAUCGACAUCAACGAGUGCGACGGAGGGCUGUACGAUGGUCCGGCCGGGGUGGCUUACAUGCUGUAUCACGUCAGCGAGUGCCCGCGGUUCUCCGAGCACCGGGACGCCUACCUGAAGACGGCCAAGCAGAUCAUCGACGUGUCGGUCCGAUAUGUGGAUGCAGAGCCGGACAAGAACAUGCGAGCCGCCUUCCUGCUCGGCGGGGCGGGCAUCUACGCGGUGGCCGCUCUCAUAUAUAAAUCCCUGGGCUUGGCUGAUUUCGUUAAGCCGCUGACCAAAUUUCGCAACCUGUGGGAAGUGUGUGCGCCCAUCCAUUUCCUGGAGUGCGGCUCGGAUGAGCUGUUUGUGGGGCGGGCUGGGUACCUGUGUGCCGCCCUGGUCCUCAGGCAGAAGCUGUGCAUAGAGAUUCUGAGCAAAGAUCAAAUCAAAUCCAUUUGUCAGGCCAUCAUCGAGUCAGGAAGACAGUACGCCAGGAGGAAGAGAAAGCCUUUCCCCCUCAUGUACUCGUACUAUGGAACAGAGUAUCUUGGUGCAGCCCACGGCCUCUCCUCAGUGUUGCAGAUGCUGCUGAGCUACCAGGACGUGCUCAGUGGGGCAGAGAAGGACCUGGUGUGGCAGAGCGUCGAUUUCCUCAUGAAUCAGGAGCAGAACUGUAACUGGCCUCCAGAGCUGGGUGCCAUGAUCGAGAGGGAGAACGAACUGGUGCACUGGUGCCACGGAGCCCCGGGUGUGGCGUAUCUAUUUGCUAAAGCCUACCUGAUCAAUAAGAAGCCCCAGUAUCUGGAUACGUGUAUCCGCAGUGGGGAGCUUGUGUGGCAGAAAGGGCUGCUGAAGAAGGGACCUGGGAUUUGUCACGGAGUUGCAGGCAGUGCUUACGUCUUCCUCCUGCUCUAUCGGCUCACAGGCAACUCGAAAUACAUUUACCGUGCUCAGAGGUUUGCAGAGUUCCUCUUCACUGAGGAGUUUAAGAUGGGCUCCCACUCAGUGACCAGUGUCUGCAGCCUGUUUGAAGGCCUGUCAGGGACUAUUUGUUUCCUCGUCGACCUCCUGCAGCCAGACCAGUCAGAGUUCCCUCUGUUUAGUGUCUUUGUGUGAAUGGACCCCGGUUCACUGACCUGAACAAACAUCAUCCCUUCCCUCUGAAAUCCCUCAAGAACUGGAUUGAUAGAAGCCACUGAGAACAUGGGUUUAAAACUGUGAGCUGAGCGGGAGUGCGGGGAGGGAUGGUAUUUGUUUGGGAUUUAGAAAAUCAUAUUUGAGUACAGUUGGGGUAGAAAAAUUGUCAAGAUUUGUGUCUAUACUAAAGUAGAUGUUCAGCUUCUAUGCUUCACCAGAUUCAUUCCACUUACUGUAACAUUGUCCAUUUCAAUUUACACUGUAGUUAAUACACUAAAGCAGAGGUUUUCAAACUGUGAGGUGUGCCUCCCCCUGUGGCGUGGGAGGCUUGGAGGGAGAGACGUGAGGCAAAGAUACUGCGUGAGGUGAAUUUGAGUCAAAACUCUUUCUCUGGGUCAUAACUCACUGUCAGACUUUGGAAACGUCUGCACUAAUGUAUUGGCAGUUUUGAAACGUGGUACUGCUGGUAGACUUUCUUUAUUGAAAUUGCAGCGUAGGCUAUAUAACAAAGAUGUUGCUCUCAGGUCAGACAGACACAUGCACAUAUAGUACUGACAGCUAAAACAAAUGGCAAUCACACCCAAGUCACAAAAAAGAAAAACAGAAAACAUUAAAACAAGUGUCACAUAAUGCCUUUAAAAUGUUUCUACUCCACCAGCUGAGCAUCACGUAUCGCAGACCUUUGAGUAUAUUAUGUCUUUAGGGAAUGUGAUCUCGAAUUACUGCUGCCACAACCUUUAAUGAUUAAUACAAAGGAGGGAUUUUGAUACUGAACUUGCAAAAUGAUCAAAGAUGGGUAGAGAGGUACAACCAACAGAUGCUUAAAGAGAAAACUGUAGAUUAUUAUUAUUAUUAUUGUUUGCUCUGUGCAAUGUGUGUGAAACGAGGUGAGUGACAGCUGUUUGUAAUUGAUGUUUCAAACUGUGUCAGCAACCGUAUGGGGAUAUUUGAAAUGUUCAAUACGUUGUGACGUCUACCCCUUGUAGUAUGUUAGACUGUAUGUUUGUGAUGGAGACCAAGAACAAGUGAAACAUGUUGUCAGUGUGAGAAUUUAAUUUUCUUUCCAAUGCCAUCUGUUCAAGAUGAUACUCAGUUAUGUUAAUUAACAGUUGACAAAGAAUUUCUUUACAUUAAGUGAUAAUGAGGCCUUAAAAAUAAAUUUCUAGCAUUUGGAUAUGAUCACAUCUCUCAGAGUAAAACAGACUGAGAGGAAGAAGGAAACUGAAAAUGCUUUGGGAGUUUUGUGACUGAAGUUGGUAAAAAAAUUUGAAUAAUAGCAGUUUCCCAAUGCUAACUGUGCCUGUUGUGGAACAUUUAUAAGCUGCGUGUAUGUCUGUGUGUUGUUUUUGGCUGUCCACAACAAAGUCUGUGUGAUUAUUGUUAUUAAUAAAGUGUCCUGAUGAAAAAAGUUUGUUCUCAUCCUCAGCUGACUCCACACAUAGUGACAAAUGAACCUCCGACAACACUUCCAGAUAAUUGAUGAUGAUGACCAUCACCUCGGGAGGCUGGAGAAUAACUGAUCAUCCAUCACUACGUCACUCAAUUUCGGUUUCAUUUUCAAUUUGACAUAGCAGAGAAAGAAGAAAACAUUUUCUCAUCAGUCACAUACAGUUCAGGGACGUGUGAAACAGUUUUGAUUGAUUUCAAUUGAUGGGUCUCAGAAAAGAGACAAAAGGACAUAAGAAAGGGGAAAAUAAAGAAAAAGUUCCCUUAUUAAAUGUGUUACAGAACAGCGCUAACAGAACGAAGACAUUUGUUACUUUAUUUUUAUGAAUAAUGAAAGAUUAAAGUUUAGUUUACAGUAGAACAGAGAAUACAACAAACACACUGUAUUAAAACAUUAAAACAUUAUUAGAUACAAAAAUUAUACUUAUAUAAAUAAUUCUUGCGACAAAUUACUUGCAUGUACACAUAUUAUUAAUGAUAAGCUCACCAGACAAUGUUCAGUAAUAAAUAAUAAUAAUAGAAAAAAGAAAUAACAGUCAACAAUUGAAUGGUUUUAUUAUCCACCUCCACCUCUUUGUUCUUCUAUUUUAUUAUUCGUGAUAAAAUGUGAUGAAGGUUUGCUUUCUGAUGUAUCUUAAAAACUCAAUAGAAAAAAUAAAAUGUCCCUAAUUAAAUAUAUAUGAUCUGUGUAAAGAAAGAUGUAAUAAAGUUAUUACAGCUUU